CAGUUGUGGAGCUGCCCGUCAGUGUCGCGUCUCCACUAUGAGCGUCGAAACGCCCCUCGCUCUGCUCCUGCUGGCUCACACCGCCGUCCUCGUGACGGGAGAGGUAAUACCAGCAGAGUUCCCUGCCCACAACUAUGAAGAAUCUCAGUCACAGAGUCAUGACACGGCUUACAUCAUAGGAGAAGCUGUUGCCAGUGAAUUUAAUCGUUAUGUUCCAGCCCUGAGUGACAACUUACGGGUGGAGUUGAACACUAUGAGAAAUGACCUCAGUCGUCAUUUUGACUCGCUUAAGCAUUACAUGAACAAUAAACUGGACAGAAUGCAGAGAGAUGCUCCAAGCAGCGGCAACAAUGCACAGGAGGAAGAGGAUAGUCUAGGGGAGGUGAGCGAAGGGCACACCAGCCCUUUGAGCCGCUCUAGUGGCGCCACCAUCCGUCACAACCUGGCUAUGGCAGAGCUGCGACGUCUAGGGGCUGACCUUACCAGAGCCCUGGACGAACAAGUGGGUAAAUUGAGGGAGGAGUUGCACACUUCACUCGAUCAUCUUCGGCAACAAGUCCAGAACUCUACGGAGAGCCUAACGGACCGCCUUCAGGAAGAAUUUAGCUCCAAGACAGAUGAGAGCACCACUAUGCUGAAGAAGGUGUUCUUCCUCACCCGCAACCAGAUGGAACUGAUCCAGUCUCAGUUAGGAAACAUCACCAGCGCCCUACACAGCGAAAACCACAAGGAACCUGAACCCAGCAUCAACGUGCAGACCACACUCCCUCCUACCACAGAGACACCCAGACCAACCACACCUACUACUACACCUACUACCACUCCUUCAACCACAACCGAGGCGGAGGUGCUGCCCCGUGACUGUAGGGAGGCUCAGCUGGCAGGAUCUACGAAGUCUGGUGUCACCAAGAUUCGUCCAUCACUUGAAAUGGAACCCCAGAGGGUAUGGUGUGACCAGGAAGUGGACGGUGGGGGCUGGACGGUGAUGUUACGAAGGCAGCGUCAACCCACACAGCUCGAUUUCAGACGCGAAUGGGGAACCUACGCUAAGGGCUUCGGCAACCCUGACAAAGAAUACUGGAUUGGGUUGGAGACGCUUUAUCGACUGACGAAGGGCAACCCGUACAACCUGCGUGUAGACAUGACCUGGGAGGACGAGGAAGCCACAUCCCUUUAUGACUUCUUCAGUGUGGGCCCUGCCAGAUUUGGUGUCCGGGGGUAUGAGCUGAAUGUAGGCGGGUACAAUGAGUCGAGCACAGGGGGCGACGCGAUGGAGUACCACAAUGGCAUGGACUUCAGCACCUACGACAUGGAUAAUGACGGCGCCUCAGGUGGAAGCUGCUCAGAGUGGUCUGGAGGUGGUGGGUGGUGGUACAACUUUUGUUUCUAUAGCAACCCCACUGGCCUGUACCCUCCCUCAGACAUGCCAGAAAAUACUCAAGUAGACCAUCUGCUGGAGUGGCGCAAGUGGCAGGGAUACUACACCUACCUCUCCACCCUCAUUAUGAUGAUCAGGCCCAACUGAUUUGCUUCCCAUACCUCCCAUCUCAUGCGUCACAGGUUCAAACCAACAGCACUUAGUGGUAUAUUAUAUAGUUUAAGGCUACAUCAGUUGCAAGAAUUUAGUGUAGAGGUGAUCUGUGCAAGAUUUUGGAGUUUGCUAUCAUUGUUACGAGUUAAAGGAACACUGGGCAUAUAAAUUUUACCUUCUACAAUUAGUUAUGGGACUUUUAUGCAUCAGUGACAUACAUGAUGAAAUUAUUCCAGUGAAAAUAUAGCAUUUUCAGUUUAAUAUCUUGAGUGUCUGUACUUCAUGUAAUUUCUAAGAAAUUAUAUAAUUAUCACUGGACCAGUUUUCUAUAUUGAUUAAAUAUAUUUUGUGCCCUUAAAUGGUGUUCUAUACAGUUCUUAUAUUAAAAUUUUCUCUUGCUCUGAUAUACUG